CGAAAAAGGUAAAUAGAAAACACUUCAACUAUAGUUGCAAACAAUAAAUAUAGGCCUAAAAUAAAUGUAUUUUUUGGGGCUUGCCUGUUUUGCAUGUUAUUUUGGCAUUAAAACAAGUCACAUAUCAGUUUGGGUCGGGUGUUAGUACCAACUCAUGAAACCCCCAUUUCUCAACCGUGUAAAUUGGGACCAUGUCUUUGCAGAUGUAAGUUGUAACGGAAGCUGUUUUGUCCUUCCAUCUUCGUGAUUCUUUGCCAUGUGGUGUGCCGCGAGCAAAAGCCUCUUGCAACGUCUGAGUCGGGGGUUUGUUUUGAACACUCCACUACUUUUUUGGGUCCCAUCCGUAGACUCUCUCCGUACUGUUUCACAUGAUUCUUGCGUAGGUGGUAAAAGAGAUGUCGCUGGUGGAUUUGGGGAAGCGGCUACUUGAGGCUGCACGGAAAGGCCAGGACGAUGAAGUCAGGACACUCAUGGCCAACGGGGCUCCCUUCACCACAGACUGGCUGGGCACAUCUCCGUUGCACCUGGCCGCCCAACACGGACACUAUUCCACCGCCGAGGUGCUGCUCAGAGCAGGUGUCAGCAGGGAUGCCCGAACCAAAGUGGACAGGACCCCUCUGCAUAUGGCCGCUUCAGAGGGCCACACCGUCAUUGUGGAUCUAUUAGUCAGGAGUGGAGCAGACAUUAAUGCCAAAGACAUGCUGAAGAUGACUGCUCUCCACUGGGCAGCCCAGAACGGCCACCAAAGGGUAGCAGAGACGCUCGUCAAACAUGGCGCAGAUGUUCACGCUCUCAGUAAAUUCGAUAAGACUCCAUUCGACAUCGCAGGAGACAUCCAGAAUGCAGACCUUAUGCUCCUACUACAGGAAGGAAUGCAGAACCAAGUGAACAUGAACGCAGAGGCUGGCAUGACGGGGAGCUCGGCCCAGCCUCAGUUUAUCAUCCAGGGCAUCCCAGGGCUCCAGGGGGGCGUGGUCAACCUGGCGGACCUCCUCAACAACGCUGCCAAGGCCAACUCUGGUAGGCUCCAGGGGGGCGUGGUCAACCUGGCCGACCUCCUCAACAACGCUGCCAAGGCCAACUCUGCAGGUGAAUCUGAGGAAGCCAUAGCAGCCAAUUCUUUGGACCCCGGCAGCAUCCAGCACAUGGUGAACGAGCAAGGUCAAAGGGUUAUCACCAUAGUGACCGACCAACACGGUAACCUGCAGACUGGAGGGCUUGGUCAGCCAUUCUUUGUCACCAUGCAGCACGGACAACAGAUGUUGGCGAUGCCAGCCAAUCAGGUGACAGAGGUGGUUGAUGAGGAACCCCAGCCCCCGCCCUCCCGCAAGAGGAAACUGGAGGCCUCGGCCAACCACAUGGAGUCUGGCGACACGGAGCAGUUACAGAGGCAGCUGCAGGAGGCCAACCGGAAGGCCCAGGAGUACCGGCAGCAGCUGAUGUGCAAGGAGCAGGAAGCAGAGCAGUACCGCAUGAAGCUGGAGGCAAUGUCGCACAGCCAUACCAACGGCACCUCGGAGCAGGAGGAGGUGGUUGGGGGUGAGGAGGAGGAGGUGCAGGAGGAGGUGAUGCUCCAGGAGGGAGACAUUAUCAUCAAGACGGAGGAGCUGGACUCGGUCGAGGAGCAGGUGACGCUGGUGGACUCGGCGCCCUCCCACACCGAGGUCAUCUCAUAAUGUCAGACAGACUGAUGUCACUGACUGAAGGAGAAAUGGACACGUGGACUCAGGCGACAGGCCAGCCUUUUGGGGUUUUCAUAGCUCUUUUGUUCAUUAUUUUCCUGCUAUGUUUUGUUUUUGUACAAUAUUUACUUUUUCUGCUGUUUUAUUUUCCUCAAUUGUGUUUAUAUGUUUUACAAAUAGCGAAGCGAGGAGCUGAAUAUAUUGAUUUGAGGAGCAGGAACGGGACCUGCUCAGCCUGUGACUCAGUAAGGUUGCCUAGCUGAAGAACGUCUAUGCUCCCUGGGAAAAACGGGGCCUCGGGCACUCCGUCUCGGAUAUCUAUGGUGUCUGAGACAUGUCAAUGGUGUGUGGGGAAAUACAUUUUUCAUGGUUCCAACAGCAUGUCCUAAGGUGCCCAAGAUGCAAAUCCAAAGUUUAAUAGACAUGUCCAUCCAUAGAACCAGAGGACAGGUCUGUGGAGAGAACACGGUUUUGUUCAACUCCUUCAGUUCUCAAGUCUGCCUCAGUCUUCCAUCCAACCACCCACCACCAUGGGCAAUGGGAAUGGUACUUAAGCAUGCCCAUUUCAAAAUAAUCCUCUUACAUGACAAAUGACAGCGCAUGUAGUUGGCAACAGUCAUUCUCAGCAUGUAUUGGGCUCAUCAUUCACAGUGUAAUAAUGAAUUGUUUCAAAGUUGUGAAUGGCAGUGUUUUGACUUUCACGGCACCACGUUAAGCUUUGUCCUCUAGUUGUCGUCGUUGCCACUUCCAUAGUGCGGUAGUGAUUGUAGGUUUACUGUUGCACAAGCCACAACUCUCCUCCCGCUAAUGUUGAUACAAAGAUGAACUUCCCGUCGUUUUAAUGCCCCCGUGGCUUUAAUCACUAGUAGCCCCACUCCCCAGAGAUGGACAGGAAUAAGGGUGUCAGAUUAGGGGACUGUGUCCUUCUGACAAUUACUGCUUCUCAUGUCCCGACACUUGUUUCUAUCACUGUUCCGUGACACUUUGUAGUGUUCUCCCAAGCUGAAUGAGAAUGUGAUGGACAUACCUUGGACAACGUCUGGGUUAACGUUUAUCACUCGGGUGAGAGGAAUGUAAUCUCUGCACGCUAUUCAGUAAGGGCCAAAUGUAAACUUGGAAAUUAAGGUUAUGCUUGUGGAUAUCAAGUUCUGAUAUGUCCAUAGUGUAUCAGGUCCUUUUCCCCAGGUGUACGUUUUUCAUUAGACCCACUAAAAUUUUGUUUGUUUAUUGAAACAACAAACUCAUAAAAUGUAACGAUGUUGAUACACUAUGUACAAAAGUAUGUGCACGCCACUUCAAAUGAGUGGAUUUGGCUACUUCAGCCACACCCGUUGCUGACAGGAUAUAACAUUGAGCACACAGACAUGCAGUCUCCAUAGACAAACAUCGGCAGUAGAAUGGCCUUACUGAAGAGCUCAGUGGCUUUCAAAGCUUCACUGUCAUAGGAUGCCACCUUAACAAGUCAGUUCAUCAAGUUUCUGCCCUGCUAAAGCUGUC